UCUGCAUGCAGCCUGGACGCCGCGUCGCUGACAGCCAGGACUCGGCUCCUUUUCGUUGUAGCCUUCUUCAAGAUGCUCGCUCCCCCCUCCUUGUCUUCUCUCCUUUUAGGAGACUCCAUUGAAUGAAUCCGCCAGGGCAGUCAGUUAGUUCCUAGUUUUCUCGCUUCCUCGUUGAUUCUUCUUCUUCCUCGUAUGCGUAUAUAACUCCCUCUGCCUUUGUUUCAUAAUUAUCACCCUCAGCCCCAGAGCGACCCACACCACCGACCCCCAGCUCUCAACCCAGCCGCCGACUCCGUGUGCUCUUUCCGCUCGAGUCCGCCUUUUCCUCUGUCUGGGUCUGGUCAACGACAAAGCCUGGUUCUGUUUUCAUAUUUUUUUUCCUGGCGGUUUUCGACUUCACCAACCGUCCUAUAUGCAUUGAACUGAGCAUUAUCGGGCUAUCGCUCUUUCUCUGCCCAUCCUCUCAGCAUGCUGAUUCCAAUUCAGCUUCGGCAGCUCGAGCCACGUCAAUCUCCCGAUUCUCCAACUGAUAAUUCAGACAAGAACGAUAACUCUUCCCAAAAUCCCUCAGGAGGUGGCAACAACAAUGCGGUCAUCAUUGUUGCUGCCAUUGUGGUAUUCGUUAUAGCCUUUCUUGUCGUCGUCUACUUCGUCCUCCGCGCUCUCCGACGAAUGAACUGUCGCCCAAAAUACAUACCAGGAAAGUUUCUCAAAGACAGGUGGAUAAGAUGGAACGUUGGGAGUACAUACGGCCAGGUUCCGGGUGGCUCAUCGUCAGAUCGAGCCGCCGGUGUUACCGUAGCCCCUCAAGCCGCCGAGGAACCCUCACGGACCGACCCUAGCACCGGGGUUCGUCGCGACACCUCGAUUCGUUCAAUCAUCUCGUUGCCUGCUUAUUCCUCGACUCCCAAACCCACCGAGCAAGUCAUCGCCCGAGAGGGAGAACGUGGCGGAAUGGACAUGGUGGUGGAAUUCCCGGAGACAGCAGAAGAAGAAGAAGAUCGGCGAGAAGAGAUGAUGGAAUCCCUGUACCAGAUUCGUCUACAGCGACGGCAGGAGAUUGCUGAUCGGGAAGCUCGACGCCGCGAGCGCCGUGAAGCUCGUGAACGAGGUGACAUCCUCCGUCUUGAACAGCUGAGAGUGGCAAGCCGAGCACGAGCCAACAGUCGGGACUCCGUCAAUGGAGGAGCCUCGGGCACGGCGGCCACUGCGUUGGCAGAGGCUCAAAGUCGAGGCCGUGACCGACGAAUCUCAAGCGUCAGCUACGCUGAUGUAGGCUAUGUCCGGCACGACGGUUCCCGCCUCCGGGCUAGUUCGCACGACUCCGAUUCCCGACCACUCCUAAACGAUGCUGCUGCGAUGAGUGCGGAUGGCCCUGACCGCUCAUCUGGGCUUAUGAGCGUCCAUUCUCGCGGUGAAUCCUAUUCCUCCGCAGCUGGUGGCUCUGACAGCGAGAGUUUGACACCUGUACAUUCCCACGGUGCUUCCCUGCGUUCAGUCAAUCAUUCAAACGAAGAGUUUGAAGAUGGGGAUGUCGGAGCACGAAACAUCCCACCUCCAGAUUAUAAUAAUCUGGAUUGGGGGGACGCCCCCCCUUAUGAGCCUUCAACAUCACAACCGAAUUCUGAUGGCCCGCCUCGAUUACGGGAACUGACUCCGCUACCCACGAUCCAAAUCGACGUUGUAAGCCCGGUUGACAAUGAUCCACCCACAAUUCCAAUUACACCGCAGGAAGAAGAACAUACUCGGCCACGGGAAACUCCUGCCGAAACAGGCUCACCAAGCGACAAUAACGCGCCAGCGACCGCAAGGUCAGCAUACGGGGUUUUCCUACCUUCAGCUUCAAUCUCUCGAAUAUUCUUUCGAGAACAAUCCGUCGCGUCAUUUACUAUGUCGCGCGAACACACAGCCAACAGCUUCGCGUCUUUCGGGUCUGAUUUCGAUCCAGAACACGAAGCAAUUGCGUCAACCAGAGAACUUGACGAGAGCCCACAGCUUCCCAAGAUGAACGGCGCGUCAAGGAAGCUGUCGCAGGUCGACGAAGAAGAUGAACCAGAUUACGUCUUUAACACCUCCACAUUCGAACAAUACCUCCCCAACUUCUCGCCGAUAGGGACAUCCGAAGAGGAAGACGACAACGACAUCGACAUCGACGACGAUAUCUCUAUUGAAGCAGGUCGAGGCCCGUCCAACCCCCCUCGCCGGCUAAAUGACUCUCGGAAUUCAUGGAUGAGCAUGGAAAACAGCGUCCGUUCUUCCUCCCCCGCUGUCAGACUUGACGUUCCCACACCCCAGAAAUCAGCCGUUCGCAAUACGUCUCGACGUGCGGCUAGCGAGAAUCUUCGAAAAGAUGCCCAGCUGAGACAGGCGAGUCUCGCUCACAAAGAAAACAUCGAUCCCAACCCUCCAAAGACCAGUCGCAAAGAACGACGAACUCUGUCUGAGAUCCACGACAAGGUUCGCGAUUCAUACGAAGGCUCUUUUCUUGAAGAUGAGCGUCCGUCACCGGCUAAGACCAGCGCUACGCGUCCCACCCGGUUUGGAAACGUGAAUUUAUCCCAUCAGAUUGCUGAUGCCGUUGAGCGGGCGUCUCAGGAAGCAUAUGGGAAAGACGCCCGUCGGGGCAAGGCUCGGGCAUCCGCCAAUGCUGGAGGCGAUACGGGCACUCAACAAUCUUUUCUCCUGCCCGAUUUGCCUAACCUCUCGGAUCUUGUCUCUGGUGUUUAUGAAGAUGGAACCCCCGUGUAUACGCGACAACCCAAAACGCGGACCACGCGGUUUGUCUCACCUCCAGCCGAUGCCACAGAUGCUUCCUUGAGCCGCGAACACAUGCCUCUCGAUGCGGUUCCAAUUCCAGAAGACGAAAAGGCCUUGUUCGUGUCUUUGAGGCUCCUCCAAGACAAGGUUUCUGAGCUUGAAAGGGCCAAGGGCGAUACUGAAAAGAAGAUGGAAGAUUUACGGCAGGAAAAUAACUUCCUGAAGGGAGGCAAGUCCCGUGGUAAGCGCCACGAGCUUGAACAGAACGACUACAAAAAGGAUCGAUUGAUCAACGAAAAUCAGAAAUUGGAGUCAACGAACUUAGCACUUCAAAACAAGGUGGAUCUUCUCGAGCGCAAGACCGACAUACAAGAGGCGGCAUUGAAGAAGCUGAACAAGGAGCGUGACAUGGCUGUCUCUCAACUCGGAGUAGCUUAUCUGGAGUCUCAAGAUCUGAAGAGUGAAAACGAAACUCUACAGCACGAGGUCGCAGAGCUUAAGGCUCGGUUUGCCCAGCUCUUCCCGUCCGGGUCACGGACGCAAGAGGAAACUGCACAGUCUGAGCAAAGCACCGUUAGUGACGCCAGCACAGAAGAGAGUCAACCCAACACCCGACAAAGCACUACCAAGGACGUCACCGCUAAAAGCACGCGUUCGAAGUCAAAGAGUGGCCGCAGGGAGGAUUCCAAGUCCAGGGUCUCAAACCAAGUUGACAGAGAAAUUUCUCGUCUGGAGAGGGAGCGUGCUGAUGAUGCCCUCUUCUCGAUCGAACUUCCACGAGUAAGGGAAUCGACUGGUUCGAAGAAACAAAAGGGCACACGGUCUCGGGAACCCAGCUCCCAAAGCAAGAGGCGGUCGAGCAGCGGAAAACGUGUCAAGAGAGUUGUGGUGGAAGAAGUUGAGGUUACUGACCCCGUCGACACAACUGCCGAGGCAACAGGACACACUCGCAAGUCAUCCGCCACAGAUCAGGAUCAGACUCUGUUGAGCUUCAUCGACGAACGUGAGAUCGCGCAGCUAAGAAAAACGCUGGAAGAAGAACGGCUGGCUCGCAAACGUCGUCAAUCGAACCCAGCUCCUGAACACACUGCGGGCGAGACUGAGAACCUUACCCGCCAGAGUGCGCUAAAACCUGCUCCUCGGAAGUCUUCAAUGAAAGAAACAAAGGCCACGAUACCUCGACCUGCUUCCGCACUUGGUGAUGUGACUGCCACCUCGAGGGUUAGCCUACCGGAAGGGGAUAGCCACCUAUCAAUCCCCGCUGAACGCCCAAGACGACACUCGGACCAUUCGACGGCAUCUGUGGCUCAGCGACGACGGCGUCGGAUUGCCGAGGAGAUGACUUCGGCGUUCAUCCUACCCGACAUCACACUGCGACACACUGACUUGGCGGAGAACCUCAUCAAACUCCCCGAGUCGACCCAGCGAGUGCUCGACCGGGCCACCCAGCAUAAUGGAAAGAACUGCACUGUUUGCAAACAGUCCGUUCCCGGAGAGGGUUGUGAGCAUACUAGGGACGCUGUCAAGAUCCCCAAGCCCACCCCAGUCUCCGAGCGAAUGCCUGAGCCGUCUGUCUACAAUGAAGAACCCACCCUGCGACCUGCACAGUCGCCAGCAGUAGCCCUUGCUACCGUGCUAAAGGCGUUGGAGGACGAGUUGUCGCACUUGCGAAUGCAGCUCAUCUCCUACCAAGGCGCGUACAAUAAGAUGGAUGCGUCUAUCAGCAAGCGCCAGAGAAAGGCCCUGGGUGAGAAGAUCGAGAAGCUGCUGAAAGACAUUGAUAUGAAAGCCGACCAAAUAUACGCACUUUAUGAUGUUCUUGAGGACCAGAGACAUCGCGGACAGGAAAUGACUGAGCAGGAGAUCGAGGUGACGCUCCAAUCUAUUGGUAUUGACGCCAACCCUAAAAUGGGCGAUGUUACCGGCACGACCGACAAAUCUUCUCGGAAGGACGGAACAGAGUACGAUGUUGACGAUGAUGAUUCAGAACUCCCAUGGGAGGGAAUUGAAAGCACAACGGAGAUGACUGGAGGGACACCAUUGAGCAUCAGUUAUCAUCCAAUUGAUUUUGGUUCUUCCUCUGCAAUGUCGUAUCAUCGUACCCAAUAUUCAACAAUACCAGUUUAUCAUGUAGAUUCUUCCUCGAGUUCGAAUUUCUUCGCCAGCAAUUAUUCCUCUCAAAACACCCUCUACGGCGACUCUGACGAUGAUGCUAGAAGCGUUCGAACCGUCAUACACAGCAGCAGCCCUCCUCACCUCCGCCUCCUAGAGCCCGCACCGAUAACCGGCGACGAAGAGUGGUCAGGCGACACCAGCGACGAAGAUGACCCCGUCGAAGCCGCGAGCGAAAAACCAGUAACAUGGUCCUCGCUUCCGAACAAAAGCCAACUCGCAAUCCUCACAAUCGCGCGUUUGUCGGAACCCCUCACCCAGACGUCUCUGCAGGCGUAUCUGUUCUACCAGCUGCGAUCUUUCGAUCCGUCGCUACCGGAAUCGACCAUCGCGACGCAAGCCGGGAUCCUGCAGGGCAGUUUUACGGCUGCGCAGUUUUUGACGGCGGUGCUAUGGGGUCGACUGGCUGAUUCGGAGUGGAUGGGCCGGAAGCGCGUGUUGCUGAUUGGGUUAUUGGGCACUUGUAUCUCUUGUCUUGGGUUUGGAUUUUCGAGGUCUUUUGCCGCGGCCGCGGUUUUUCGAACGUUGGGCGGUGCGUUGAAUAGUAAUGUUGGGGUUAUGAGGACUAUGAUUUCCGAGAUUAUUGAGGAGAAGAAAUACCAAUCUCGAGCGUUCCUGCUGUUGCCGAUGUGCUUCAACAUUGGCGUCAUUAUCGGCCCAAUACUCGGUGGGACGUUGGCGGACCCGCGCAAGAACUAUCCGCAGCUUUUUGGACCUGGUUCGCUCUUUGGAGGUGAGGAUGGAGUGUGGUGGAUGGAACGCUGGCCGUUCGCGCUUCCGAACUUUAUCAGCGCUAUUUUCAUCUUUACGUCGUGGUUAACGGUGUUUUUUGGGCUCGACGAGACCCAUGAAGUUGCACGGUACAGAAGCGAUUGGGGUCGGAAACUGGGACGUCGGAUCGCAAGAGUAGUUCAACGCCGACGAUACCACCACUACCGUCCUAUAUCGGACUAUCCGGACGACACGUCUCUAUACCUCGACGAGAGCAUCGCCAGCAGAUCAGCCCCUUCAAGCCCUGUCCGCGCACGGAUGCAACAUCGCCAGAAACGCCCUGGCUUCCGGCAAAUCUGGACAGCCAAUGUCCUCUUGACUCUUUUCGUCCAAUUCCUCCUCGCUUUCCACACAAGCGCAUUCAACUCUCUGACCUUCAUCUUCCUCCCAAAUCCCCGCGCUCCAGAGGGAAGCAACCAAGGCUUCUUCCGUUUCGGCGGCGGCCUCGGCCUUCCGUCUUCCCGGGUUGGGCUCGCAACAGCGAUUAUCGGUUUGAUCGGCCUCCCGCUUCAAAUAUUCAUAUACCCGCGUGUCCAGUCUCGUCUAGGAACACUGACGUCCUUCCGCACAUUCCUCCCUUUUUCGCCCCUCUCGUAUGCGCUAAUGCCAUUCCUCGUCAUCAUCCCCAACUUCCCGUGGCUUGUUUGGCCGGCCUUCACAAUUGUUGUCGGACUGCAGGUUGUCUCGCGGACGUUUGCGCUGCCCGCGGCUGUGAUCUUGGUUAACAACUCAGUCACGGAUGCGUCUAUCCUCGGGACAGUCCACGGUGUUGCGCAGAGUAUCUCGAGUGCCGCGCGCACUCUAGGCCCGCUUUUGACCGGUUGGGGAUUGGGUCUCGGGCUGGAGUAUAACCUUGUCGGUGGUGUUUGGUGGGCAUUGGCGCUGGAAGCACUGCUUGGCUGGUUCCUGCUUGGGACAAUUUAUGAGGGAAAGGGGAUUGAUAGGAGGAAGGAUCGUGAGCAGGAAGAGAUUGAGGCAAGUCAGGAGAGGAGGUGACACGAGGUGAGUAGCAGGUGGCUUGCAAUGAGUAGCAGGUGGCUUGCAAGGAUGGUGUAAUUUUGAGACGCCCCAUUAUGUGGGCUUGGAUAUGAACUGAACUUGAACAUACAACAUACAACAUACAACAUUGUGAUCUGAUGUGAUGAGUUGUCUAAGCGAGAUACGACAUGAUUUAUGAAAAGACCUGUUUAGAUUUCUUUUACUAAUAGAGUCAAUACACAACUUCUAUUUAUUUGUUUACCGUUAAUCCAGUCCCGAUGUAAAUGCCAAAUACAAACCUCUUAGCAUCAAAAUUUGAAUGCACCACUUUAAAGUCCCAAAACAAAGUUCAAUCUGUCUCUCCAUCCUCCAAUUACACCGCCGCAGCAGACAAGGUAGGAGGAGGCUGGAUGAAAGCUUGAAUAGCCUUCUUUGCAUCCCCCUCAUUCGCCCUC